AUGCUGAAGAGUGUUUACAAAUUAUUAAAGUAUGGAUUUCCUUGUGUUCUGCAGCUGAUCGACCCGUAUUGGACAGUGGCUCCAGUGCUCAUCGGGCACUUUUACAGACUGCACAGCGACAAGACUUCUUUAGAUAAUGCACGUCAAUCGGUGUGCCUUGGACUUCUGUGGAUAUGGAGCCUCCGCCUUACGCACUCCUACCUACGAAGGGAGAAGUGGGAGAUCGGGGCGAGGGAAGACUGGCGCUAUGCAGACAUGCGCGCUCGCUAUGGCAAGCACUGGUGGUGGAUCUCCUUCUUUGCAGUCUACGUGGUGCAGCACGCCAUGCUGGUGGGAAUCAGCCUGCCUCUGUACAGCGUGCAUGCAUCAAAGCAGCCCUGGAACGCCCUCUGGGACAGCGUCGCGUGUGCCGGCUGCCUCCUAGGUAUUGGAGUUGCAGCUGUUGCUGAUACGCAGCUGCACAACUUUGUGACAGCCAACGAACAGAGGCGCGCGGCGGGGAAGCUUCCUGUGCUUCUGCUGAAUACAGGCCUGUGGCGGUACUCGAGGCACCCAAAUUAUUUUGGGGAGCAGCUGUGGUGGUGGUCUCUAGGGGUCUUUGCAGUGAAUGUGGGGCAGCCCUGGGCCCUGGCCGGCGCUCUGUUCAAUUCCCUGUGCAUGGUCGGGGUGACUAACCUCACCGAGGCGCGCAUGCUUGCCCGGCCGGAACGCGCUGCGCUGUUCAAAGAAUACCAAAGGAGGACAUCUGUGUGGGUGCCCUGGUUCAAGUCCCAGGAACAGGAGUGA